UUUUUUUCUCUCUGUAUUUCAUUUCCAAGGAAAAGGGAAGGGGGCUGAUCAUGGAAAAGUUCUAGGACGCAGGGAUUCCUUGUUUACAUCCUCUCGGAGUACGCCGCGGGGGCGGGGUUAGCUCCGCCCUCAUUCUUUAGACCUGACGUCAUUGUCGCCUGUGUUUUUUAUGAAUGAAGGAAUCCAAGCUCAGAGAGCGGCGGAGUAAUUCCGGGAAAAGGCGGACUGACAUUUUGUCGCCAGAGUCGCUUCGACCUAGCAGGUAAGAUAUCACCUUUUUCAAAAUGUUUCUCGUUUAUAUAUUUUCUAUUCGCUUGUAACAGCUGAACAUUAAAGAACUAGUAUCCGGCGGGGACUGGCAAACCAACCAAGGACAAGUGAGCAGGCAGCUGUUUGCUUUAAUCCCCUUUAGCUCGUCUGAACCGUUGAUGCUAGGUGCUAACUGUUAACAUUACUAGCAUGUUUAAGACGAUGUGGAUUAUCUGACCCCUUUUCUUCUUAUUUACGCUCACAUUCUUAUAACAUUUGACUCUCAGAAUGUGUUUCCGCUUCCUUAUUGAAGUGUAGGUUUUGUAACGAUGUAAAGGGGUUAUUUAAAGACUUACUAAAAUGGAUGUCGAGGGCACUCGUGAUGGCUGUUUACUAUAGCAGCAACGCUUUUACGCGAGGCUGGCCAGCUCGCCUCCCUCUAAGGACAAGGGUGGAUUCUUGACGUAGCUAGAGGGAAAAUAAAUACUUUCCAUGAGAGGUUAGCGUUCUCCAUUUGUUUAUUAGUCAUAUUUAAUCGGAAUAGUGUCCAUUAAAAACUGCAUAACUUUAUAAACACUGUCAUUGGAGCUGGCGUCAGGCGGUGUUGCGUUCACUUGUUGCGUUCCUUAAAAACAUCCAUGUCUAUUUAAAGUGAGCUUUAGAGUAAAGUAAGGACGUGGACAUGCUGUGCUGUUCAAAUAAAUAAAGAAAGACGUGGUCGCAGCUGGUUUUCCUGGGUUUGGACCGCCUGGCAGCCUUGGCGGAGCUGAGCACACGGUUUAUUGCUGAAUCACCCUGACUUUACGAAACAGCGGCGGUCUGAAGGGUUUACAGCCUGAGUCCACCGGAGGAGUGGACAACCGCUGCUGCAACCUCCACUUCCCACGCCUGUCGGGAAAUGCUAUUCUUUUCAGCAGACUACAGACAUUUGCUGUUUUAUUUAGCUUUUUAUAUCAACACCCUCUGUACCUGCACUUAAGGCCUACUUACCUACCUAAAGCUGUUGAACCACAUUUAAUCAGUCACUUAACAACUUUCAAUGUUGGACAAAACCUUGAUUAUUUUAAUUUAGCUGUCAAAUCCAGGUGAGAAUAAUGACCAAUUAUUAAGAAGUCAAACUGAAAAUGAAAAUAGUUUUACAGCAAAGAUUUAUUGCUGAUGCUCACAACUGUUCUUAUUCUAUUGUAACCAUCCUAUACCUAAAUUAUGUGAGAUUUGAUAAGUUUAACACAAAGAUUAAAGUGUCAAAGUUUGACAUUGAGGCAUUAGUCUGUCGCACACUGCUGCUGUCACAAACAACUGUGUGCUAUGACAUUUUGUUAUAGACCAAGAGCGAAGGGCAUCAAAGGUCAACAAGAUACGUUUGGCAUGACACAUGAAAAUGGCCAAAGGGGGGCGAAAACAGCGCAACAACUCUUUAACCGUGCGUCUGAGAAAAAAAGUCCAAGUGCGCAAAAUCAAAGAUCUUAUUAAGAUACACAUGCUUGCAAAAUUUCAGGAAGAUCGGACAAAGUCGACGUUCGUGGUGGGUGGCGCUAGCGAGCAAUUUUUAAUUGCCUUUUCUGGUUCACUUUGAAACAUUGCGAUUUUCGCCAGGCCUGACCCGCCUGCCAAUUUUCGAGGCCGUUCAGGGGGUCAAAUUUGCGUUUUCAGAGGCUGAAAAAUAAUAACAAUCGAGAACCCCUUGGAUUACAAUAGGGCUUCGCCGCAGAGCUGCGCUCUCGGCUCGGGCCCUAAUAAUCCCCCCUGUAAAAGUUCUGUGUUAACUUAAGCUGAAAACAGAAAUAUUUUGUCUGCUUCAGACAAUUCAGAGCAGUGGUUGUCAAGUCCAGUCCUCGAGGCCCACUGUCCUGCAUGUUUUGGAUGUUUCCCUGCUCCAACACACCUGAUUCAAAUGAUCAGCUCGUUAUCAAGCUCCAACACACCUGAUUCAAAUGAUUAGCUCGUUAUCAAGCUCUGUAAUGGCUUAAUAAUGAGCUGAUCAUUUGAAUCAGGUGUGUUGGAGCAGGGAAACAUCCAAAACAUGCAGGACAGUUGGACCUCAAGGACUGGACUUGAGAACCACUGAUUCAGAGCAACAAUUUAGCUGAUCACUAAAGCCGCAGAAGGUCAAAAGCAACUGUAGUGAAAGUUGACUCCAAAUGGUCCUCUGUGCGUAUGUGGCAUUGUUGUCUGUGACAUUUCUCAUGUUAAGAGACGACAUAAAAGCCCCCUCACAAAAAAAAGAGAAAAAAGCCCAGUGUUGUAGUAAAAAUGAAAGUGAACACAUUCACUUUCUGAAAGCCAUGUGGGAAACCACCCUGUGGUUUGGUGAUAUGAAGGUAAAUCAUGUCUAUCUAGAUCAAGUGUACAUCUAUUGUUCACAGGUUAGGAUUGAGGCGAAAUGGAUACAGCGGAAAAGUUGAAGUGUAGAGUUGUUUAUGACAGGGAUCAAAGUGAGGACGGAGAGGAAAGCAGGUCAAAUUGGUUAGAUUGGAUGUUGGACUUUAAUCCCAAACAACAUUAGAGCGAGCGUAGGAAGUCCCCACACAGUGUGUGUGAAUUGUUAAGCAAGAAGAAUUGGAGAAAACUUCCAAAUAAAGCCGUGUACAGGCCGGCCAGACUAAAGCAAACACUCUCACUGCUGCUGUUACAGCUUGUUAUUGGAAGCUGCAAUUUAACUCUGUGCAAACAAUCUGGCCAUGCUGUGUUUUUUAAAAGGCUUCAGAUGUUUUUUAUGUGGAGGUUAUUUUUGCUGAUCUGAAUCAAUGAGGGAUGUAUUGCAUAAAAACAGUAGCCUGUCGUCAGACACUUUCACAAUAAAACUUUAGAGCCGUUGGGUGUUGUGUUGACAAGAGGAAGUGUUGAGGGGGAUUGGUUAGGACACCUGCUUUGAGCAACCAAAGGUUAGACACAUGAUAACUUCCUCCUCACAAUUCCAGCUAAGAGAGAAAGGCAUGCUGCUUUCAAAACCCCCCCUUCCUUUCAUAUCAGACCACAGCGUUUAAUGAAAGAGCGCGUUUUGGAGAAGCAUGAAAGAGCACUGGGUUCUCCUUUCCUUUAUCGUGCAUGACUGGCUGUCUUGUGAGCGGAUGGUAAAUGUCAGGCUCAACUUGAACCAAAACAACAUGGUCACAUGUGAUAAUGUACCUUUGUUUAAAUGUCUGUUUGUUUGUCCUGUUUCUGCUCCUCUAGAGUGUGUGUAUCUGUGUUGACUGGUGCCUGGGGAGACAAACUGCAGACAGUUGGACCAUGACGACAGAAAGAAACAGCAAAGCCCUGAAGGUAACAUGUAGACAUGAAUAAGCCCUUAAACUUAAAGAGGGAACGUUCUGCAUGUUUGGUUCUUUAUAACAUCACUUGUCACAUGUCGGUUUUAACUCCUUCUUUUCCUUCUCUUGUUUCCUGUCUAGGUGAAGCAGGAAUGUGGCGAGAAUGUGCCCAUCCUGUCAGACAGCGAGCUCAUGUCCCUCUCAGUACGAGAGUUGAACCUCCACCUACGCGGCCUCUCCCGCGAGGAAAUCCAGAAGCUGAAGCAGCGCAGGCGCACCUUAAAGAACCGAGGCUACGCCGCCAGCUGUCGGGUCAAACGUGUCUCGCAGCGUGAGGCGCUGGAACAGCAGAAAAUGGAGCUCCAGAGGGAGGUGGAUCGGCUCGGGGCGGAGAACGCCGGCAUGAGGAAAGAGCUGGAAGGGCUGGGGGCUCGUCUCGCCGCCCUCCAGAGGUUCGCCAGGGGCUUAGAGGCCGGCGGAGGCCAUCUCCUGGCAACCGCCCCACGCCUCAACACCGCUUCUGUCAUCACCAUCGUGAAGAGUCCGCCUCAGCCGCAGCCACAGAGGGAACACGAGCCAUCCUAGAAGGAGCUGCUGAAGCCAGACUGGGGGGAGGGAUGCACAACCUGCAAUGCAAACACACACACACACACACACACACACACCUGCAAACAAAAUACUUCACAUACAACCUGAUAACAGGAGGACUGUUUGAACCCCCCUCUCUAAAUAAACCUUUCAUUCACAAAUUCUUUGGAGUAGUAAGAGUAAGUUCACCGUAAACACGACGUCUGAUCAUAGUUUUCUAAAAUAAGAGACAGGAAGAGUCAAGAAAUCCUGAUCAGGACCAGAGGAGGUGUCCUCCACUUCAAGACUCGGCAGUGUAGUUGACUGAAAUGUACCUAAAUGUAUUUAGAUAUCAAAGUUUAGAGCCAUGUUGAGAAAGAUGCUGCAGGUUAAAUGUGAAUGAAGCAACACACACACACUCACACUCAUAUGCACAGAACCCUCACACUCAUACCCCUGAUCCUCACGGGGUCUACACAAAGACUAACUGGACUCUGACUGAAGCCAGGCCAACAACACCAGAGUUACUGCACAUCCUCACUCUACCGUCUCCCAUCAUGCAUCACUAUGACCCAGGGACUCCUCCCUGCUUCACGUCACGGCACUCGACCAACAGCAGGAUAGCAGGCGGGGUGUCACCCACCUAUUCGCAGGUGUCUGCAUUCCUGGUACAGCAGUAGCUCCUGGCCCCUUCUUGUAUUAGCCCGGCUCAUGUGUCUCUGCUGCUGUGUCCCAAAGUGUGAGUCACUAUUGUUAGUCAUUAAUGAUGAGUUUCUCAACCUCGCUGUCACUUGAUAUGUGGGCGAGGUCACGGGAGAUUUGAGGCACAUUUGAUGUCUUUUCUAUGUGUCUAAAGUUUAAAAAGUUAUUAAGUAAAUGUUCUUUAUUAUUAAAUUCGAGCUUCUAGAGAAAGAAAGGAGCGAACACAGUCCAGAAAAUGGUUGGGUCCACUCAGUAAAUCGUCCCAGCUUUGGUUGCCACUACUUCUACCUGUUAUGAAUGAGGAGCGCAGACUUACACUGCUUCUACACUCAUGUCUCACACUGAUGCAGUGCCUUGGAGUCAGAAACCUUAGAGAGAAAAGUCAAACCCGACUGUAAUCGCUCCGUCUUCUCUGGAUUCUCCUUUUUAUUUUGCUGAACUGUUAUCCCUCACUGCUCAUUUCACAAUCCCUACUGUGCAGUAACUUUGCGACAGUCUGCUAUGGCUUCCUUUUUUUUUUUCAUAUCUGCUAGACUUCCAACAACAGAUGUUGGUCAUUUUGCUAAAAACGUGUAAACGCAGAGUCACAUCUGCAAAGAAUUACGCUUGAGGUUGGAUGCAAUCCUCUGCAUACAUUCCCGUUGUGUGUUCUUUAUUUGUACUGUUUUGUAUGUGCUGUUGAGAGACGAAAAUGUUGAGUGACAUUUAUCAGAGAUAUAUUCUAUAUUUUAUUUGUAUUUAAAGGUAGAUAUUAUGAAAAGACAAGCUAACGAGUGCUGUGAUGUUCUAUAUGUUUUCAGAAGUACUUACUUAUGACUAGUCCGGGGAUAUUCUCUGUCUAAUUAUUGUGUUGUGUGGCGACGAUGAUUACUUUACAAAAUGUUAAUUAUUAUUAUUAUUAUUAUUGUUAGCUAUGUAGACAUGCUCAAAGCCAAUGGCCAUAUUGCUGUAUGAUGAUUUGUGUGUGUGUUUUUGCUAUGUUUGUACUGGCUUGUCAUAGUGGAUUCUUGGAGGGAUUUUAUUUUUCUAUGAUGAUUUGUUAUGAUGUUGUUUGUCUGAAAAAUUAUGGUCACUUCUGGAUUGGCUGAGUGGAGCAGACCCACAGGACUUUAAAGGAAAAAAGAAAAGUGGAAAGAAAGAUUUAGAUGAUGAGGAGGAGGAGAAGGAGGAAAGAUGGUUGAGGAAGAGAUGUUGGAAGAUGGAGAGGGAAAGUAGGCAAGUAGGACGAGGAGAGACGAAGGAGAGAGGUGGUGCUUUAUUCACUUGAAAACCUCCAUCAGCCAAAUUUCAGCUAAAGUGUGAUCAGACAGGCUGGAUUUCAUGGACUCUGGGCCACUGAAUAGUGCUAGCAAUAUCAUUUCUAAGCAGGCAUUGUAUCACAUUAGACCGUGUUGACGAAUAACUCCUAAAGAUAUGAGGCAUAUAUUUAGCUAUAUGAAUAUCAGUGUGGCAAAAGCAUUUAUUCUCAAUAUUUUAACGUCUCACUUCUGUCAAACUGUGCUGGAUGUUUUGUAAUACCUGCAAAACAAAAAUGGUUUUUGUAUUUAUUACAUGUAUUUUUUCUAUUGUGAAAAUUUAAGUACAUUGUCUAUUUUAUAUAUUAAUUAUAAUAAAUGUUGUACAUAUUGUACAUAAAA